GGAGGGCAUAGGGGAGCGGCCGAUUGUCGGAGGUGGCCGUGAACAUGUGAGUCAUCACAAAUUUACACCAAUUGAGAUUGGCGUUGUGAAUCAUCGCAUGGAUCGUCUUCGUGUCUUCUUGGGAGAGAUUGGUGUGGUUGAACUUCCUGGGCUUGAGGAUCCGUGUCAACACAUAGAAGAUGAAACGAUACACGGGACUCAUGGAAGAAAUCGUAGGGCGCCGCUGUUGGGGAGUGGGUACGAAGUGACGGAUGCCCACUUCCUCCAAGAGAGCGGUCUCAUUGAACCGCGCCCCCUCUUCUCCGGUGUAGAGCCCGAGAUCCUGUCCGUCCCGACGAAGCCCGAAUUAGUGAAUCAGGGACUGGGUUGUAUUUACGAAGUUAUAAAUGUUGUGGUUCUGUUGGAGAUGGCAGUUCAUAGGCAGAUCGAAAUACAUGACACUAUUUUCAAACCAAACAAGCAAGAUUUGGGCUUUGACGGAAGGUACGCCUCUCAGCCAGCGUAUUAAGGAAGCUUCUCUAAAAAUUUCCGCCAAUGUAUCAGUGGUUUGCUAUGAAUGGAAGAAGAAACAUACAACCUCCAAUCUCAUAAAAGCAAUAGGGAGAU